GUGUGUGUGUGUGUGUGUUGUGUGUGUGUGUGUGUGUGUGUGUGUGAGUGCGUUUCCACUGUUGCAUAUUAAAAAGGGAACUGACUGAUGAAAGCAGCUGUUUCAGCUGAAAUGUCUGUGAUAACUCAGCAAACACAGGCUGGUGCGUUUGAUUUCAAGACCAGGGCGCGCCGUCUGAUGUCACAUUUUAUUUAACCAGGUCGGACCCCUCAGGUGUGUGCAGACAGCAGGCGACACGAGCAGAUUCUACCUGUGAAUCAGCUGCUGCUCGAGCUCCGCACCCGAGCCCGUGUUCACCUGGUGCAGACUGGGUUUAUGAACUGGUGCAGACUGGCUCAGUGUUGGUUUGGACUUUCAGCCCAUGCACGUUCCUGUGUCACGGAGCUGAGUGGGUUUGUUUCAUGUUUGAUGUUAAACUCGUGUUUCAGGCUCACCGCGUGGGCCUGGUCUUGGUCUGAAGGUGUCAGGUAACGGUGUUCGGGGGUUUUCCUUUCCUACUAAACGGUUAUUUUGUCACCGGGGGAAGUUGUGUCGUAUCUGCACAGGAUGAAGUAUUUUAGUGUUUACCACAGCAGCUGACUGUGACUCACUACAGCUCAGUUUCUGCUUUUCUUAUUCUGCUUUUAGAUCAGCUCAGGUCCAGCUGAGGCUUUUCUGACUCUUACACAGAACCUGGUGACAAACUGGGAUUGUGCUCAUGGAGGCUGGUUUGGUUUUACUCUGGAUUGGGAUGGGCUCGUUUGGGGUCUGAUUCAUCUUGGACCUUGGUUUUGGACCAGUUUCAGGCCGAUUUAAACUGGUCUGGCGAGCUCCUGUAGGCGGGUCCGUCUCUGAUGCUGGGAUGGAAACUCCUCGGUGGGCGGUGUCGUGUGUGGAUGUGCAAACUGCUGAGGGGGUGGAGGUGUGCUCGGUGACGACGGACAGCAGUGGAGGAUCGACAGGAGGCAUGACCGAGGAGAAAUGUCCCCAGCUGGUGGACUACUUUGUAGUGGCUGGCCUGGACCCCGCGGGGCCGUGGAGGCCCCUGGACGAGGAUGGGAAGGCCGCCGCCUCCUCGACGGCGUCCUCGUCUUCUUCCUCGACGGGCCGGGCGGCAGAGCCCGUGACGGACCUGGUGGUGAUCGCCCGGGGGCUCGGGGAGGACGUUCCCGAGGGCUUCACCUGCAUCGAGAAGACGCUGGGCGGACACUCGGCCGAGCUGAGCGCCGGCCUCAUCAACAACCCGCACCUGUACCUGUGUUACCGCCGAGGGCGGGACAAGCCGCCCAUCCUGGACCUGGGGGUUCUGUACGAGGGGAAGGAGCAGCUGAAGCAGGGCUGGUACGUUAUUGAAACCACGCCGUACAGCCGCUCGGCGAGCCUGAGCGCGGGCGGCGCCCCCACGGCUCAUCGGGUCUUCCUGACGUACCGCCGGGCUCCGGACUCGCAGGGCCUCCACACGCUGGGCGUCACCGACAUCGCCCUGCUGCUGCCCAGCAAGGGCGAGGUGGCGCCGCACACCUUCUGCAGAGUCGACAAGAACCUGAACACGGGCAUGUGGGGCCCAGCACUGCACGUGUGCUACAAGAGAGCCGUGGCUACAGCCAACGCCCUGGUGUUCGAGGCCGAUCUGAUCAGCCGCUACCCGGAGGAGGACCUGGACUCGUUUCCUCUGCCCGAGUCGGUGCCGGUCUUCUGCCUGCCGAUGGGCGUCACCGUGGAGAGCUGGCCUCAGAACACCAAGUACCAGCUGCCCGUCUUCUCCACCUUCGUCCUCACCUCCGCCUCCGGGGACAAGGUUUACGGCGCCGCCAUCCAGUUUUACGAGUCGUUCUGCAGAGAGCUGCUGUCGGAGCGGCAGAGCAUCCGCCUCGGUCUGCUGAGCGUCGUCGACCGGCGGCCCAUCACCAACCGCAGCCUGCAGGUGAAGAAGAGCAUCUGCGUCCUCUCUCACUGGCCCUUCUUCACCGUCUUCCAGAAGUUCCUCACCUUCGUCUACAGAUACUCCAUCUCCGGGCCCCACGUGCUGCCGAUCGAGAAACACAUCUCCAGCUUCAUGCACAACGUCCCGUUUCCUUCCCCGCAGCGUCCUCGAAUCCUCGUUCAGCUCUCGCCGUACGACAACCUGCUGCUCUGCCAGCCUGUCUCCUCGCCGCUCCCGCUCAGCGGCGCGAGCUUCCUGAAGCUGCUGCAGAACCUCGGCCCAGAAAACGCCUGCACGCUGCUGCUCGCCGUCCUCACCGAACACAAGCUGCUGCUGCACUCGCUCCGACCUGACGUCCUCACCUCCGUCAGCGAGGCCCUCGUCUCCAUGACGUUCCCGCUCCGCUGGCUCUGUCCCUACAUCCCUCUGUGCCCGCUGCAGAUGGCAGACGUGUUGCUGGCACCGAUGCCCUUCAUCGUGGGCGUCCACUCCAGCUACUUCGACCUGCACGACCCCCCCACCGAUGUGGUGUGUGUUGACCUGGACGCCAACACCAUCUUCCAGUCAGAUGACAAGAAGCCACUGUCAUGGCGUUCGUUACCCAGGAAACACGGCAAGAUGCUGUUCAACGUCCUCACCAACCUCCACAAGACGCUGGAGAAGAUUUGCACUCCCGGCCAGGAGGAGGCGACGCUGGAGUUCCUGCUGACCGACUACGACCAAAUCUACAGGCGUCAGAAGCAGCUGGAGCUGGAGAUCCAGGAGGCCUUCCUGCGCUUCAUGAGCUGCCUGCUGCGAGGCUACAGAGCCUUCCUGCUGCCCAUCACGCAGGCGCCGUCCGACACCACCACCGACUGCAGCUCCCUGUUCAACCUGCAGGGUUUCCUGAAGUCUCGCGAUCGAACGCAGCAGAAGUUUUACACCCAGCUGACCAAGACGCAGAUGUUCACCCAGUUCAUCGAGGAGUGCUCGUUCGUCAGCGACCGCCACGCCUGCCUCGAGUUCUUCGACGAGUGCGUGCAGAAGGUGGACGUGGAGAAGCCGGAGGAGGUGAGGCUGAUCGAUCUGGACGAGACGCACAGCGGCGAGCACACCGUCUUCAUCAUGCCUCCCGAGGAACCGCAGGAACCUGAUGGGUCUGAGUGCCCCGCCCUCUACAGUUACGAGACCUUCCCCACCCUCAAACUAGAGCUCUUCGACCAGCCCCAGGACCAACUCCGCGUCCCAGCCAAGGGCAGCGCCCCCAGUAGCCCCGCCCCCCGCCGCACCAAACAGGCGCAGGUGUGUUACCGGAUCCUGAUGCAGCUGUGUGGUCAGUUUGGGCAGCCAGUCCUCGCCGUCAGAGUCCUGCUGGAGAUGAAGAAGGCGGGAAUCACACCGAACACCAUCACCUACGGAUACUACAACAAGGCGGUGCUGGAGAGCAAGUGGCCGUCGACCAAUCAGGGCGGGCGUCUCCGCUGGGCCAAGCUGAGGAACGUCCUGCUGGCUGUGGCCCAGUUCAGACAGCCAAUCAAACGGCGGCAGAAGAGCGGCUCCGUGGGUUCGCGUGGAGAAACGGCGGCGGAGUUUGACCGAAGGCCCCGCCCCCACUCCUCUCUGAUUCGUCAGUCCAGUUGGAGCGGUCUGAGUGAAAGCUCGAGUCACGAGUCUCUGACUGGCCCGCUGGUGAAGAGCAACAGUCUGAGCAGCAUGAAGAUGGCGAGCGACAAGGUCAAACCGGGUAAGAAGUCCGUCCUCCGUGAGGCGGGGGCCAAUGGCUGCGCAGACGCCGUCUCCCGUAAACCCCCGCUGGGACGGCGGGACACGUCCACGCCGCCUCCAGCGCCCUCCGGUGGAGCUCUGGUUCAGCGGAGUCAGGUCUGCCUCUCCAGCUUCUACAAAGAGUGCGUGGAGUCGGCCGACUCAGAGCUGGACUUGCCCGCUGAGGCAGACAGACGACCUGCCGACGUGCAGGGCUCGGCCGGCAGGAACAAAGCUGUCGAUGAGAACUACAACAACGUCUCCUCCCCGAGCCGAGGAGGACUGGCGGGCAAACUGCAGCAACUCCUCACGCCGACCAAACACCGAGUGUCCGUGCGACGAGCCGCCAGCGUGGGCGACCGGCGCCUGGGAGGAGGGGGGGGAGCAGGAGGAGGAGUGAUUGGACGAAGAGUGUCGGACCAGAGGCCGUCGAGGAAAGGUCAAGUGGCCGAAACUCUCCUGAAAGCAAAGGAGAAGCUGGUCAACGCCACGUCAGAGAGCUCGCUGUCUGUAGGAAGCGACCUCGACUUGAUGGAUGUGCCGAGUCCUGCGUAUCCUCUACGCCGGUCCUGGGACGCCAAUCAGGAGGGGGUGGGAAUAGAGGUGUUGAUGUCCAGCUGCUCGCUUUGUCGUAGCUGCAACUCGCUGGUUUACGACGAGGAGAUCAUGGCGGGCUGGACAUCGGACGACUCCAACCUGAACUCCUCCUGCCCGUUCUGCGGCUCCUCCUUUGUUCCCUUCCUGAACGCCGAGAUCUGUGACCUUGGACCCGUCAGCAGUGCGGACCGCUGCAACUGGAACCUGGAGGACGAGGUGGAGAGUGCCGUGAGGCCCCCCAGUGGUCACGAGGCGUCCCUGCGACCCCAGUGUAACGGGCUGAGCGAGGACUCCAGCUCCGAGACCAGCAGCUACUCCGAGACCAGCAGGACCACCACGGGUUCGUCAGUGGGCGGCGUUCCCCAGGUGACCGUGGCCUACCUGAGCCCUCUGGUUCUGAGGAAGGAGCUGGAGAGUCUGCUGGAGAACGAAGGCGAGGCGGUCCUGGCCCAGCCUCAGUUCCUUGACAACCACUCCAUCAUCUUCUGGAACCUGGUGUGGUACUUCCAGCGCCUCGGCCUGCCCAACAACCUGCUGCAGCUGGUCCGAGCCUCACCGCUGGUCAGCCAGUUCACACAGUCGGAGAACUCGGCAGUGAGAGUGAGACUCCUGUGGGACACCCUGACCCCCGACACAGACCAGUGGCCCCCCCUCUACGUCCUCUGGAGGAUCCACAGUGGCGUCCUGAUGAGAAGCUACAGCUGGCGGAGGCACAACCACCCGUUCACCCUGUCCUUCCUGGAGGAGGUGCUGCGGUGGGUGGGCAUGAAUGAGGUGCACAAGGCCGUCACGCUCUUCCUGGACACGCUGGCCAAACAGCCGGGAACCCCCAGGAUCCAGAGGAGUCUGUACAGAGAGUUCCUCUUCCUCACGCUGGCAGCCAUGGGCAAAGAUCACGUCGCGGCGUUCGAUAAGAAGUACAAGACGGCGUACUCUCGGCUCAGCGGUACUCUGGGUCGGGAGGAGCUGCGGAAGAAGCGAGCACAGCCUCCCAGCCCGAAGGCCAUCGACUGCAGACGCAGCUUCCACCCGCCUCUCGAAUGCUGAAACGGGUCCUGGUGACGUCCCCCGCGCUCGUUCAUCCCUGCGAAGGGAAAAUGGCGAGCCCUCGGAUCCCCGCUGCCUUCACCUGCUCGUGUUCUUCACCUCUCUGCUGCCUCCAGGUGGAGGUCGGAGUGCCGCACUCCUUCCUGUCCUGUCCUUCUUUUGCCUCGUCGGUGUGAAUCCAGACGCUCUACGGCUCCAUCAACGAUCCUGAAAGUAGAUCCGGCAGCAGGAGACAAAAGGAACGCACUUCUCUCAGCAGCAUUCUGAGCCGUGAUUGGUGCAGCGUCGAAGGCGAGGGCUGGUUAGAAGCUCGGACCGGGCUGCCUGAUUUAAAGAUGCACUGCAUGGUCACGGGCGAGCCUCACAGUUUGUUUUUAAAGCGUGGUCGAGAAGGACUUUCAGACGUUUUUUAUUAGUGUUUUUGAACGACUCGUUGUGCUGGGAGUCGUCCAGAAGAUGGUCGGCCCGUCACAAUGAAGCUGCAGUUUGAGUCUUUCCAUGUGACCACAGAGGCCAAGGUUAGGACACAGGAAAUGGCAAAAAACCCAAACCUCUCACAUCCUCCAGUCACCGCUGGAUUCCCUCUGCAGCUUUGUGGUGCUGGUGCACAUCAGCGAAGCACGACUGAAGCAGGUGACCUGACACGAGCUUCCACGGAGGCGGAGUGAAAGUCUCGGAGAGCGAGUUAGCAAGCUAAGUACAACAGCGGUCACCUGUAAAAUCCGACCGGCGACAAAGAUCACCGAUCAUAACGAGUAGAGUAACCUCCCCCACACACGGCUGUAAUCCUCUCAUCCACCGCCCGCUGCCUGACUUCCACGAUGAAGCUCGAACUAUUUCCUGUUAGAAUCCAGAUGGCAGUACAGGAAGUUCCCCUCUGUUUGGACCUGGAGACUCACCUGGAGGCCCGACGCACUCAUUCGGGAAGUGCUGUGUGAUGUGAAAUCUGUAUUAUAACAAAGUGUAGAUAUUUAUGGCUCUAAUAAAGCAGAGGGUGUAAUAAACAGGUUGUUUCAGCGGCAGAAUGCAGAGCAGAGCUUUUUGAUGGAGCUCAGCGACUCAGCGUUAAGGCUGAAGAGGAAAGAGGACGGAUUUAAUGCACGCUGUCAUGUGUUGAUGCUCGGAAGCUUCGCUGGUUUCAGCUCAGAGCGUCUGGUUUGGGACAAGCGAGGUCAGAGGAAAUAAACGAUCCAAUUUACAGACAAGUUCCCCUUGAAGGCGUCGCCUUCUCCUUCCUGUCCGCCCUGCGAGCACCAGCAGCUACCCUAGACAGUUCAGGCCUGACCGAGGAAUCCGCAGGUCCAGAUGAUUUGAAUCCUGACUUGCUCCGUCACGUCUCUGAGGAUCUUCUAGUUAUACCUGGAGCAUUUAGCCUUGCAUGGGGUCUUUUAUUUUGAAAUGUGGCUUGUUUCUGACUUCCUGUUCUCUGCUCAGAGUAGCUUGGUGUGGUUUCUGUCAAAAAUAGCACCCCUGCUUAUUUUGAGCAGCAGCAGUCAGGAGUGCCGCAUCACUGUGCCCACGGCAUUCUGGGUAACACACCUUACCUGAUCUGAGAGCUCAUUGGUUGUUCAGAUAAGCAGUGGGUGGAGCCUCUGCAGAUCUUUUGUUAGUUUUUUUUAAAUAUUAAAAAACAAAAAACUUCAUAUUUCCUUUUGAGGCCACGUCUGCUGCACGGCUGAUGUUUUUGUUGGGUCGUGUGUGAUUGUCCUGAACCAGAUGCUCAGUUUGUGACCUGAUGCCCGUUCACGUCUGGUCUGUCAGCUGACCCACAAAGCUAACAGUUUGCUCUAGGGCGUCUCAGCAGCAGCAGGAAUCAAACCGGCAACUUCUCACUGAUAUUUCCAGCUUCAUAUUUUUAGUGUCAUGGAGCAGCUUUGCAUGAUUCACAGUUCAAAAUAAUCCUCCUGUGUCAGGGCUCAGCCCCUCAGUCACCCUCUGCUUUGGCUACUGUCUCUUAAGAUGCCAGCUUUCCUCUGAAUGGACAGCUUGCAGAAGCAUGCGGGGGGCAGAUGGCUGAAUAAAUGUGAGUUUUUGGUUUGAGGGGGCACUGUAACGUGUUAUGAGACUAAAGCACGCUCACGCUGACGAUAGCUUCAUCAGUGAAAUAGUUCCUGCUGCAGCCGAGCGCCCCGGAGCCAGGCGUGAACUUCAGGCUGUGGUUAAACUCGUUUGAGUCUGUAACCAGCCAGCUGACCGCCUGUGGUUAGAGCCGGCUCAGGCGGGCGCAUUUAAACUGAUAUUGUGUUUGCUGUUGUAAUUUAUAAAUGCUCGUGAUUUCAGUUGUAAAUGUUUUUUAAGAAAACAAAUAAAAGUGAGCAGAGUUUGCAAAUACA